CGCAUCUUCACCUCCCUCCUAACCAAUCAAACACGACACCGCAGUCCUUCUCAACCCGUUUUAGGUAAUUUCCUCUCUCCGCGGCUCGGAAUUCUUGGCACCCUCUAGCCCAUUGCCGAGUCACGGGGCCCCGCAAAUCUAGCUUAGCCCCGGAGAACUCUCGGGCUCGGCUGACCUUCCCGAUUUCAUCCCCCGCGCCAAUCCAGCGCUUUCCAUCGGCCAAAACAGCAAAUCGUGGAUUCCGGGUUGCAACAUCAAACCAACAUCCCAUAUGAUCUGUGAUCCUGGCGGUGUACAGAGCUUGUGAGAAUUUACGCUGAUGUUUUUUAUUUCCUCAUGUUAUGCAUACAAUAUACAAUUGAUCAUCACGACGAUACCUUUCACACGCUUCUUUCUUAAUUCCUAUAUCUAUAGAACCUCCGGGGGGGGUGGCACAUUUGAUUGAUAUAUUCUAUCCAUGAGGACACCAGCCCGAAUGUCUUUCAUCUCUCGACUCCCCUCCACCACCUCCCGCCUGGGGACAAGGGCGGCUAUCCUCAAACCAACAGCAGCAACAGUCCGUGCCAAUUCCGCGCUGUCAAAUGGCCCCGAGAUCAAGGCGCUCAGUUCCAUCCUCAUCGCCAAUCGUGGCGAGAUCGCGCUACGAGUAGGACGAACAGCUUCACAACAUGGCAUUCGAGUAACGACUCUCUACACGGACCCGGAUGCGCGGGCCCAACACGCCCUUAGCUCCCCGUUCGCGUUCAAUCUGGGUGACACCUCUGCGUAUCUCGAUGGAGAUCGGAUAAUUGAGAUUGCGAAGAAGGAGGGCUGCCAGGGCAUACAUCCCGGUUAUGGGUUUUUGAGUGAGAACUCGGCCUUUGCGCAGAAAUGCACGCAAGCAGGUCUUGUUUUCAUUGGCCCACCGCCUAAGGCUAUUGAGGCUAUGGGUGAUAAGAGUCGAUCAAAGGAAAUCAUGACAGCAGCAGGCGUCCCCUGCGUGCCGGGCUAUCACGGCGAGAAUCAAAAUAUGGAUUUCCUCGAAGCGGAGGCGGAGAAGAUCAAGUUCCCAGUCCUCAUCAAAGCCGUGAAGGGUGGCGGUGGCAAGGGCAUGCGGAUCGCCAGCUCCAAAGAGACAUUCCGGGACCAGCUUAUCUCAGCCAAGUCGGAGGCGAUGAACUCCUUCGGCGAUGACACGAUGCUGGUUGAGAAAUAUAUUACGACCCCGCGACAUAUCGAGGUGCAGGUGUUUGCGGAUAAGCAUGGGAACUGUGUUGCGUUGGGCGAGAGAGAUUGCAGCAUCCAGCGCCGUCACCAGAAGAUCCUUGAAGAAUCCCCCGCCCCGCAUCUGCCUGAGGCGACGCGGAAGGAUAUUUGGGAUAAAGCGCGGUCUGCGGCGUUGGCUGUUGGUUACGAGGGAGCGGGAACGGUGGAAUUCAUCUUCGACAAUGACACGGGCGAGUUUUUCUUCAUGGAGAUGAACACCCGGUUACAGGUCGAGCAUCCGGUUACGGAAAUGGUUACGGGACAGGAUCUGGUCCAUUGGCAGAUUCUGGUUGCGGAGGGUGCCCCGUUGCCUCUGACGCAGGAUGAGAUCGAGGCUAUUAUGGCUACGAAGGGCCACGCCAUCGAGGCGCGUAUUUACGCUGAGAACCCCGAUCAGGGAUUCGUUCCGGAUUCAGGCCGUCUGUUGCAUGUUCGCACUCCUGCAGCUUCAGAGGACGUGCGGAUUGACGCUGGUUUCGUUGCUGGAGAUGAAGUAUCUUCGCAUUACGACCCUAUGAUCUCGAAGCUGAUCGUCAGAGGCGCGAAUCGGACAGAAGCUCUGCGAAAUCUAUCCAUGGCGCUGGAAGAGUAUGAAGUGGCGGGACCAAUCACAAACAUCGAAUUCCUGAAACGGGUAUGCAAGAGCCCAGACUUUGUCUCCGGCAAUGUCGAAACGGGCUAUAUCGAUAAACACAAGGCAGAACUAUUCGCAAAGGAGCCUGUGGAGAAUGAAGUUCUGGCCCAAGUUGCAUUGUCCUGCCUACUCAGCGAGUCAAAAUCGAGCGGCCCAGCAGGCACAACAGUAGGAUUCAGCCCGGCAUAUCAAGAGCGACAAUUCGCGUUCGUAGAAGCUACCGCGCAGAACCCCUCAUCAGAGGCAUCCGGCAGCGCAGCAGCGCCCUUCAACGUCCAAGUACAACAAACUGGCGCGGCAACAUUCAACGUCGUCGUGAACGGCACUAGUUUCCAGAACGUCAAAGUCCAGCAUCAGCGCCAGCAGGAGUCCAACGUGGUCACCUCGUUCUUCCCGCACACAAGACUUGACACGACGGUAGUCCGCGACGAGGAUACGAUCACAGCGUUCCAGCGGGGGAGACAGUACCGGUUCAAGAUCCCGCGGGCGAAAUGGAUGGAGAAGGCGCUGGGGAUUAAGGAUACGGCGAACAGCGUGCUUGCGCCGAUGCCGUGCAAGGUCUUGCGGGUGGAGGUUGUGGAGGGGGCGACGGUGGUCAAGGAUCAGCCGCUUGUGGUUAUUGAGAGUAUGAAGAUGGAGACUGUGAUUCGGAGUCCGCAGGAUGGGAAGAUUGAGAAGGUUGUGCAUAAAGCCGGGGAUAUAUGCAAAGCUGGGUCCGCGCUUGUGGAGUUUGCGGAUGCCUCUUCUGACGCUGACACGAAGAUUUCAUAACAAUGAUACAUACAUUAUCCAGCAUACGUUGAGCCGUUUGCGCGUUGUGCUGAAGUGGUGAGCGGGGCCAUUGUAUGGAAUGGAGAAUCACGAACGGCCGCCGCCCAUCAUGUUAUGUUGGAAGGAAGAGGGUUUUUUUUUUUUUUUUUUUUUUUUUUCGCGUUGCUAAAAAGGAUUCCCAUCACUCGCCUGUUCUGCCCUUUUAUAUGAUUUUUCUUUUUUUCUUUUUCUAUGUGUAUAUAGGAUAUAGGAAUGUUUUUGGAUUAAUAUCCUAUCAUCGUUAUUAUUAGAUCGCAUGUAUGUAGAUAUACGCAGUAGAGAGAAAGAAAGUAUAAAUUAAAUUAAAAACUUAAAAAAAAAAAAGAUUUUGUGUCCAGUCACUAGUUAACUACUGGAGAAUGCUUUCGUUUAUUCUCGGCCUUGUCGGCA